AGCUGUCCUACAAAUCAGGCGGCCAAUAGGAACCAACGCGCCCAGUCAAUAGAGGGCGGCGCUGAGGAGAGCGAGAGCGCGCCCUCCCUUCAAUCCGGCUGGAUCUUGUUGCAGUGCCGCUGGCGCUGCUGGGAUGGGGGCGGAGGGGGGGGGUGGCAGCAGGCAAGAAACAGUUUGUGCGCAGCAGUGAGAAUCCGGCUCCUGUAGGCUGGAGUAAGAACUGGCAGUCGUCACUGCUCCGGCUGUAACAAGCGCCCGCGCGGCCUGACGCUAAAGGCAAACUAUAAAGCACAAGAAAAGGCGAGGGCAGCUUACUCAGCCAUGCCGAAGAGAAAGGUGAAUCCUGCUGAAGAAGAGCAGCCGAAGAGGCGAUCCGCACGAUUAUCGGCUAAACCUGCCAUUGCCAAAGUCGAGACAAAACCAAAAAAGCCCACUUCAAAGGUUAAGUCUGAGGAAAAGAGAGCUUCAACAAAAGGGAAAAAAGGACUGAAAGAGAAACAAACUGAAGAUAAUAAUAAAAAAGAAAUAAAGGAUAACUCCCCUGCAGAAAAUGGAGAAAGAAAAAGAUCCAGUGUCUGAUACACCAGGAGAAAAAGAAAAAUCUGAGUAACAGUCUUUAAUCAGUGGUUCUCUCACCACUGCCUUGUACAAUCCAGAGGAAUAUUUUUAUCAACUAUUUUUAAAUGCAAGUUUUUUAGUGAUUUUAGCAAAUACAUUUUUAAAAUAGGAUAUCUUCCCCCAUAUCUCUUUUAAUGUAAUUGAAUGUAUAUGCCUUGUUUUAAUGAAAUUAAAAUUAUGUACUGGUGAUCUCUGUACAACCAGUAAUUUAAUGGAAUGUUAGAUGAAGGAAUAUUUUCAAAUUUUACUACUUUACAGUGCAAUCUUUUGGAUGUCCAUUUAGAGGCACUUAAUUCAAUAAACAUACAUAGGAUUGUAGGUUUAACAUUCCAGAAGCCCAGGGUGGACAACUUACAGUAUAUCUUCUAUGUAGGACUUUAGUUUUAAUGAAUACAGGAUUGCUUCUUUAAAUUUCUAGCUCUUAAUUGAAAACAAUGCUUAAGUAUAUGCUAGUAGAAAAUAAGUCCUUAUUCCUUCUGAAGACUGAAAUUCAUAGUUCAAUAAACUAUGAAGAGAAGCAUUGCCUUAAGGAAAAUAAGUGUGGGAGGGAUUCACAACUCUCAUCUUUGAUUCCUUGAUGGUUGGUCUCACUUUCAAGUUAAUCUAUGACAGAGUUAUUUUUUUGUAGUACAGCUGUAGUUUAUUUUUUCAAGUUUUCUAAUACAUUGUGAAAGACUGGGGAUCUGGGUGUGUAGUGUGUGUGCUGUAAAAUUUUCUGUUUAACAAAAUACGACUUGACAUGGCAGCAUUUGAGACACUGGUACUUUUUGAAUUUGAAUGGGUUAUCAAAUAUGAUAACAUGGAGUUUAUGUUCAAUUAUUGAAAGAACUAUAUGCAUACUUUGUGAUUCAUCCUAUCCUAUGAUCUAAUAAAAUAUUGACAAUUUUAUAGUUUUAACUUAACUCUAAAUCAGCUUUUAUGUAACAGUUUACAAAAUUCAAUUAUGUCUUGUUUUAAUACAAUAAUUGGAAGUUAAAUGGUAACUGUUUUUCCCUAAGGUCUGUAAAUUGCUACCAUUAAAGUUUAUUUCUGUUAAUGUGAGAUCACAAAUUCUUGCUGUUA